AUGGGUCUUCUCGAUGAGAGCAUGCAAGCAACACUCUGGGAGGGGGAUGGGGAUGAGGGCGUCCAAUACUCUGUCCCAGUAAAUGAUUCACAGGCACAAAAUAAGCCAUCAAUCGCUGCGGAAGACAAACGAAAGAUGCAAAGGAGAGCCGCUCAGAAGGCCUACCGUGAGCGACAGGAGCAACGCAGUGUCCAUCUGACGCAGAAGAUUGGCCACUUAGAGGAAAAAAAUAGGGCUCUUAGCACGAACAAUGAACAACUUGAACUGGAGAUCGUGCGAUUUUCGGCAGAGAGCGAUGCGCUUCUUGCAACAAUUCAUAGCGGUAACCGCUCGACUAAAGAUGGGCCUGUAUCAGACACCGAAUUGACACCUGCGACACUCCUGGAGGCUCCCCGACUAAAUCCCGCUUUGGAUUCGAUUGCAAGUGAUGUAUGGAACCACCCAGUCCAUCGGAUUACGGAGAGCAAGACGGGUGAAAAGCUCUUAGAUAAAGCAGCUGCCUGGGAUAUGAUUCAGGGCCACGAAUCAUUUAAAGCGGGUUUGGUAGAUAUCGACGGUGUUCGACAAAGGUUGGAAGGGUUUGCGCAGUGCACCGGGCAGGGUAUUGCAUUUGAAGAAAGCCGAAUAUUGAGUGCAAUUGAGGAAAGUGUCAUCAGCGAGUAG